UCAGCACGAAAAAAAUCCAAUUCGACUUUUUUGAAACGCAAACCGCUGGAUUUGGCUCCACACACAGCUGUCUGAAGCAAAAAUCGCCAUCAUCGUCAUCACCGUCACCGUCGUGUGUGAAAGUAGGCUAGUGGGUGGAGGGAAUGGGAGCAGCAGCAGUAGGAGGAGAAGACAGCCAGUGGCUGAGGCAGACAGCAGCGCUACUCGAUAGGAAAGACCGACGAGCAGUUGACCGAUAGGCGCUUCGUGUCUGGAGGACGUUUCAGGAGGGAGCACACCGCGAGAACUCGCUUUCGGAAGGGACAAAAAAAAAGAAGUAACAAUUCUAUUUCGUUGAGGAAAAAGGGGCGCUCUCUCCCCCACACACGGCGAAAUGUGUGACCCGUGUUGCGUCUCGCAGCUGGCCUGCUGCUGUGGUACGGCGGCUUGCUCCUGCUGCUGCAACUGCUGCCCCAAGAUCAAGCAGUCCACGUCCACGCGAGUCAUGUACGCCUUGUACUUCCUGUUGGUCACCAUGGUGUGUGCCAUCAUGAUGUCCCCCACCGUGGAGCAGGAGCUUCACGACAAGGUCCCUUUCUACAGUGCCAUGUGUAAGAAGCUGGGCGACGGGGAGACCUGCAAAAUGCUGGUGGGCUACUCGGCCGUGUACAAGGUGUGCUUCGGCAUGGCCUGCUUCUUCUUCCUCUUCUUCCUGCUUACGCUGCGGCUCAACAACAGCCAGAGCUGCAGGGCCACCAUCCACAACGGGUUCUGGUUACCUAAGUUUGUUUUGCUGGUAGCAUGCUGCGUUGGAGGCUUCUUCAUCCCAGAAGAGGGAGGCUUCGAGAUGAUGUUUCUGAAAGUGUGGCGGUACAUAGGGGCGGUGGGGGGGUUCAUCUUCCUCCUCAUCCAGCUCAUGCUGCUGGUGGAGUUUGCCCACAGAUGGAACACAAACUGGAGUUCCGGGGUGAAGUACAACCGGCUGUGGUACGCCGCCCUGGCCCUGGUGACCCUGCUCCUGUUCAGCGUGGCAGUGGGCGCCGUUGCCUUCAUGGGCCUCUUCUACACGCACCCGGAGGCCUGCCUGCUCAACAAGGUGCUGCUGGGCAUCAACGGCAGCCUGUGCUUCAUCGUCUCCCUGCUCGCCAUCUCCCCCUGCAUCCAGAAACUGCAGCCCACCUCCGGCCUGCUGCAGCCCGGUGUGAUCAGCGUGUACGUUAUGUACCUGACCUUCUCCGCCUUCUCCAGCAAACCUAAAGAGACGUAUGAGGUUGCCGGGUUGAACACCACAGUGUGUGUGUUUCCCUUCAACUCUGGGAACGAGAGCGACAAGAAGAUCGUCACUGUCGUGGGGGCCGUCAUCCUCUUCUGCUGCGUCCUCUACUCAUGCUUGACCUCCACCACCAGACGGAGCUCUGCAGCGCUCCGUGUGUGCAGAAACAGUGAGCCCGAGACUGAGAGAGCGCGCUGCUGUUUCUGCUUUGGAGAUGACACGGAUGACAACGACGAGGAGAAGAGCGGCGGUGGUCAGAACGUGGUGUACGACGAGCACGAGGGAACCAUCUACAGCUACUCCUACUUCCACUUUGUCUUCUUCCUGGGGUCACUCUAUGUCAUGAUGACCGUCACAAACUGGUUCCACUACGACAACCAUGAGAUCGAGAAGCUGCUGGAAGGCAGCUGGUCGGUGUUCUGGAUCAAGAUGGCGUCCUGCUGGGUCUGCCUGAUCCUGUACCUCGGCACGCUCGUGGCGCCCAUGGUCUGCCCCAAGCGCUUUGAGGCUUAGAACACACACACACACACACACACAUACACACACACACACACACACACACACACACACACACACACACACACACACACACACACACACACACACACACACACACACACACACACACACACACACACACACACACACACACACACACACACACACACAGACACACACCCAACCACACAGACACACACACACCUCUAGACUUGUGUCGGGGUAAUGUGAUUGUAGCCACGUGUCUAGGUAGGGUUUUUUCCAGCGUAGCCAAGGGGACCACCACGAUCUUCUACCGCCCUGACCGACACACCUACACUCCCCCCAGCCCCCCCCCCCCCUCCCGUAUGGAAGUCUCUGUUGCCUUUUUAGUAGACGUCGUUGUUUUGACACUUUUUUGUUGUUUUUUAAGCUAUGUUGACUUGUUAUUGAUGCCUUGAUGGCAGAUUGUGUUUUUGAAUAUCAAUGACUUCUGGAGUUUUGUUACAUGCAGGGUUGGAGUUGAACAGAAUUGGGGGACAGUGUGCGCUGUACAGUUCUUGAUAUUUCCAACUUUGUCUCCUGUCCACGCUUCACGGAAACGUCAUAUCCUGUGAGUCUUACCUGUGGAUAGUUCUCUGGGCCGCAAAGUUGGUCUAGAAGAGCCCAAGUCCUUUUAGUUGAUCACUCUGACAAAGUCGGAAUACACUUUUAUGGUUGGGCUCAGAUUGAUUAUCGAUUUUAAGUCGGUGUAGAGACACUUUAAUCUUUUAUUUUUGUCCCUUAAACUGGUUUGAAAACUCAUCUCUCAGGCUCACAUCCACUGGACUUUGUCUGUGCUCGCUUUAUCCAUAAUCCUUUUUGUAGUCGUUUUCUAUGCAACUGAACAAGUUCGUUUUUAUUUAAAACAUAAAUGUCCCAAUGAAUCACCAACAUAUAUUGCAUUUCAUGUAUGAGCACGUUGCGAUUAUGGCUCUUUCUUCAAGACUAAAUUACUAAUUCAAUUAUCGGCUAUUCGGUUAAACUUCCACUUUUGUCCACACUGUUUCUUUCCUACCCCCCCCCCCAUACAGGAAGCAGUUGGUUUGACCGUCUGUAAAAGCCGCAGUCAGGGUUGAGAAAUAUUUGCCAAAGCUAGAGCUCAGAAUACAAUAUUAUAUUCUGUUAAAUACAUAGUCACAUAUACAAUAUAGGGUAAUAACAUACAUCUUCGACCUACAUAUAAGCUUACAUUUCUGUUUUCUGUGCCGGCUCUUAGUUAUUGGCCAAUUCAGUAGUAGGGAGGACUUGUAAGCAAGUGUGCACAGAUUUAUUCAACACUGGAUGUUGAGUUUGCUGACCAAAAAUAACUGAUUAAAAUCAAGUUUUUCAUUUGUUUCGUUGUACAGAGUUACAGUUGAUUGUACACUUCGAGUGCAAAGGCUUUCCAUUCAAUAAAUACAGUAAAUGUUCUGUUGUGUUGUUUUUCUACUGUAUAAACCUGUUUUAUACUAAUUUAUAUGAACUCUGGCUGUAUUUGUGUCCUUUCCAGUAAAAUAAUUGGAGUAAGAAUGAUGCUUGGUGUUCCUAAUACUAGAGUCAAAACCACUAUUGGGCUGUUUUUCAUGUGUUUCGUUUUAAAUCUUUAUACAAAUGUACAAAAUCAAACGGUGCUUAUUGUUCUCAUAUCAAACUUGAAUAAAAUCGUACAGAAGGAAUCAAAAAGAAACGGCUGUACACUGCUCUGGUUUUAUUUUCCCACAUUUGUUCAUAACACAAACUAACUAUUUCAAAUAAACGUCAAGUGUUCAAAUUAAACCAUUUAAAGAGUGUGGUCUAUGGAGUCACUGAUUUGGCACAGCGUCUGUCUGAUUUAUUACCUCUGCGUCGUUCUUGCAUGAGGGAAUCCUCAUCCUAAAGCCAUCCACCCAGUCCUACAUGGCACUGCUUACAGCCAUUCAGCCGAGUGUUGCCAGCAUUUCAUUGA